AAACAGCUGAUUUAGGGAAAAACUGUCAAGUUGCUUCCAUUAAAUUAUUGAUGAAAUUUAUUGUAAAUAAUAAAUUCAUAUUCGUAAAUUAGCUUUAUAAUGAAUAUUGAAGAGCAAACAGACAUCAUAAUCGAAGCGCUUGAAGUGUUUUUAAAUCAUAUUCUUUAUGUACGAGAUUUGUACCCGCCUGAAAUAUUCAAAAAGAGACGCAUUUAUAAUGCUCCAGUUUUCGUUUCUGUUUUUCCACCGCUUAAUUCCUAUAUUCAUAACAUUCUACGUACAGCACGAGAACUUCAACAACGAAGGGAGCUUCGAAGUGUUAUACUCAAAUUCUAUCACGAUGAAAUACCGCUGAACGAAUGUUAUUCAUUUGACAUUAAGCAAUUGGAAAACUCAUUUGAGGAUGGUUCAAUGUUAAAUAAUGAUAAAUUCCUUAUUGAUUUUGAGGAACAGCUUCGCUGUAGCCUCUAUAAAUUAGCUGAACGGCUAAAGCCUUUAGAAGCCUUACCGAAAGGAGCUCAGUUCAAAGUAGUACUGAAUACGACUCAAGAAGCUUUUGUGCGCUAUAGCCACUUGUCUAAAUAUCAGGACUUUCCGUGGAUUUGUGACGACACACACCCGAAGGAGAGCAAACGUGAAAUUUCACUUCUACCGCUUACUCAAUUGGAUACCAUAGGAUUAAGAUUAAAUUUAGAUUUACUCUGAGCACUAAUAAAUUAAAUUUAGAAGUAAGCAUUUUGUUUAAAAUCAAGCCAUUUCUUUUUAUAUUCUUAUAGGUCAUACUUUAUUGCAUGAAGACUACAGUAUUUAUACAUGAAUAAAUAAUAAGUGUUUCUAGAGCA